AUGGAAUUAUCAGAUACAAAGAGCUAAGAUCGCUACUCCAUGACGGAUACAGUCAAUUCAGAGGAUCUUAACGAGCGCAUACAAGAAAUAAUUCGUUAACAUUAUGGACAAAAAGAUAUGGUUUCAGAGGGUAGAAAGAGAUCUUUUCCUUUAAUGAAAUCUAGUAGCAAAAAGAGAUAAAUCACUCCAAAAAAAGUAAUAUCAUCUGAUCUUGAGGAUAUUAAUGACCAAAAUAGCAUGUUAAAAUAGUAAAAAGGCAAAAAAUUAUCUUUGUAAAAUCAUUUAAUUUGCUUAUCGCCAAAUGAUCAAAAAUAUCUUAGCUCAAAAAAAAAUUAAGAUGAAUUAUCUAAUAAAAAAGCAAAUUAAUAUUCAUCCAAUAAUAAUUCAUUAAUGAAGUAUUCGCCUUCUACUCAAGCUGCUAUCUAUGAGAGAAGCGAUAUGAAGGAUAUUGAUUAUCAAAAUACAAAUUAAUACUUGGUAGAAAAUGGAUUUUCUUCAAGAAAGCAGCAUUAUUUGGAAGCAAGUGCUAUACAUGAAGAUUAAAACGAGAGCGACCAGACAAUAGUAAAUCAUAGCAGCUCUCAAACUAAAAUAAAAACAAUAAAUUUUGGCACUUAAUAGCACACCUAAAACUCACCUGUAUUCUCUAAAUCAAUAAAUAGCGAGGCAGGACAUUACAAAACAUUCAACGAAGAAGACAGCUAAACUGAUAUCAAAAACCUGAUAAAUAAACUUGAUAAGUAAGGUAAUCGUAAUAAUAACAUGACGCAAAAUACUUCUUGUUCUUUUUUGAAUGGUGGAAGUGCCACAAAAACAACUUCUAAUAAAUGUUAAUUAAAUAAAGAAUAGCAAAUAAUUUCACAAUUUUCCUAACAGAAUUUAUCUGAAAUUUUGCCUAAUUACUUAUUCUAAAAUAAUUACUAAUAACAGUCGAAUUUGCCUUCUUUGUUACAGCAACAAAAAGAUUAUGAAUCAAAUUAAAGUGCUCAUAGAAUUGCUGCACAAACAAACUGCAUCUAAAAUUUAGAGCUAUCAUAAAGUCUGCUUUCAGAAGCCAUUAAAAAGCUAACCAUAAAACAGCUUACAGCAAUUAAAAUGAUGGUCAAACCGCUUGAAUGUGUUUAAUAAAUUACCAACUGUAUAGUUUCUUUAGUGAAAGAUGGGAGAAGAAUUGUAGAGAGCUUUGAUGUAAACAGAUCUACUUAAAAAACAGAACCUGAUGAAGAUGAGGAAAUUCCUUGGAAGAGCUUGUAGGAAUAUUUUACUUCUCCUGGUAGAUUAAUGAAUGAGCUUUCUAGGAUUGCUGAUAUUAUAGAAAUGAAUUAGGUGAGCAGUAGAAGUAUUGGAUAAUGUAGGGAAACUGCCAAAAAUUUAUAGGAUUUAGAAAUUCCUGAUAACCCUCUUUUGCAAGAACAAAUUUCUGGUUUGGUUUCAUACAUUAAAGCUGUUUCUGUCUAUUAUGAUUAUAAAAUGGAACUUAAUAGGUUAGUGUUAGAAGAAUAACAAAUACAAUAAAGAAUUAAUUUUGAAAAAAAAAUGCUGAAACAGUAGUAAAUUACUCAAAAAGAAAAUAUUUUUAGCUAUCCUAAAAAUAAUGUUUAAAAAGAUUCAAGUAAUAAUAGUAAUUUUAACAGUAAGUCUAAUAAAGAAAAAAUUGGAAGUUAAACUUUUGCUACUAAUUCAAGAAAAUAGAGUCAUGAUAAAUAAUCUAAUAUGACUUUUGGCUAAAGUAUCACAAGUGAUUCUCAAAGAUAUGCUAAGAACAUUCUUUAAGCUCCAAAAUAAAGCUCCGCUUCAAUAGCAAAUUUUUAAUCAAAUAUCAAUUAAAGCUAGAAUAUUUAAAAUAAUUUAUCUUUAAACUCUUGCUAGUAGCUCAGCACUUCAAUUGUUGUUAAGACUCCUAUAAAAAAUCAAACUAAAAAGAAUCUUACUCCCAAUAAAUAGAAUAGAAGACUUAGUGGUUCAAGUAGUCACUAAGAUAUAUUAAAUAAUCAAAGUGCAAAGCAUAAUAAACAAACUAAGGUUGAUAACUCUUAAAGAUCCUUGUCAAAGUCAAAUUCACAUAAAAUAAAUCUAAGAUCUUCAGAUUAACUCUCUGAGUCAUCAUCCAGAUCAGGUUUAAAUCUCCCUAAAUAAAUAGAAAUAACUAACACAAGAGAAGUAAAAAAGUAAUUGCCAUAAUAAAGACUCAAUACACAGAACACAAACACUACAAGAAGUAGUAAUCGCUUGAAUACAUCUUGCUCUUCAUAGAAUUCCAAUAUGCCUAGAAAGAGUGAAUUUUAAGAAUCUAUGAAUUAAACAUAAAAGCUUAAUACCAAACUUAAUUCAGAAAAUAAUAAGCAAAGUAGCUCAUAAUUUUAAAAAUAAAUUGAAGAAAAAAAGUUCUUACAUAAAAGAGAGUAGAGCUAAGGUAGUCUAGCGCAGUAAAGUACUCACUCUACACGCAGUAGAUUCUCAACAUAGAUAUCAGAGGAGAAUAAAACAAAAUAAACAAAAACAACUUCAAGAAGUAUAAGUAAUAAAAGACAGGGAAGUCUGUUAUCAAUAAAAAAUAGAAAGGAUGAAAGUUAAUUUAUGAAUUCACCAAUGUCUACCAAACCUGAUCAUUAAAAAUAACACUUAAAUAGCUCAUAAUCUCUGUCUUCUAACAGAUAAAGGAGUUUAAGCUAAUCUAGUAGAAACUCUAGCUCUUAAAGGGAUCUAAAAAGUAGAAAUGAAGCAGCAGCAACUUCAAAAAUAUCUAGGUUAGAUAAAAUACUUAAGCUUAAAGUAAAAAAACCUGAAGCAAACUCAUGUGUAAAGAAUAUUAUAAAUAAUUUUGAAGAGUUCAGUGAAAGAGGAAAUAGCAUUGAAAACACUUAAAACAGAAAUACUUCAAAGGCUGCAAAGCAGAAAUUAACAAUAUAAAAGUAGAUCAAAUAAGAAAAAUAAGACAUUCUUACCUUAAAGUCUAAGAAAUCUAAACUAGAUUUUUAUCUAGAAAAAGAUCACAAGUAGAGACUGUAAGAAACAUAGCACUUAGAAGAAAAAAUAGAUAACAAAUGGAAAUUGUAAGAAAGAGACAGACUUCAUGGAUUUUUAGAGGACUAAAAAAGAAGAGAAAAACAGCUUAUUAAAGAAAUGAAUGAAGAAUCAAUAAAAUGCUUCAAAACUGUAAAGCAAAUUCAAGAAUGGGAAGAUCACUAGCACUAAAGUCAUUAACACUAAUAAUUAUAUAUAAAUCACAUCUAUAAUGAAUGCUAAAAAGAAAGAAGCAAAAGAGAAGAAAAAGAUAUGCUUUACUUUAAAAAAUAAAAUUUAAUUGAUGAAAAGCAUUAAAAAUCUAUUAAUAGUCAAAAAUCAAUCCUUGAAACAAGUGUAAAUUAUUAAGAAGAUGAUCUAAAAAGGCUAAAUAACGAGCUUAAAGACUAAUAAAAAAGAAAGAAAGAUUUAGAAGAUACUCUAGAAAGGACUCUUGAUGUCAUAUACAACUAUAGGAAAUUAUCGUGCUAUAAAUAGCUUUGA